CGCCUGUAGCACUGAGCCCGGUUGGGCAAGGGCUGAGCGAAUUGCGUAGGCCAACGCGCCUGGCGGCGUCUUCGGCCGCUAUGAGCUGCACGAUCGAGAAAAUCCUGACGGAUGCCAAGACGCUGCUGGACCGGCUGCGGGAGCACGAUGCGGCAGCCGAGUCGCUGGUGGACCAGUCGGCCGCUCUGCACCGGCGGGUGGCGGCGAUGCGGGAUGCGGGGACGGUGCUUCCGGACCAGUAUCAAGAGGAUGCAGCUGACAUGAAGGACGUGUCCAAAUAUAAACCUCACAUUCUGCUGUCUCAAGAGAAUACACAAAUUAGAGACCUGCAGCAAGAAAACAGAGAGCUGUGGGUUUCUUUGGAGGAACACCAAGAUGCUUUGGAACUCAUCAUGAGCAAGUACCGGAAACAGAUGUUACAGUUAAUGGUCGCUAAAAAAGCCGUGGAUACUGAACCAGUUCUGAAAGCUCACCAGUCUCACUCUGCAGAAAUUGAAAGUCAGAUUGACAGAAUCUGUGAAAUGGGAGAAGUGAUGAGGAAGGCGGUUCAGGUGGAUGAUAACCAGUUCUGUAAGAUUCAGGAAAAACUAGCUCAACUAGAGCUUGAAAAUAAGGAACUUCGAGAAUUAUUGUCCAUCAGUAGUGAGUCUCUUCAGGUCAGAAAGGAAAAUUCUGUGGAUCCUGCCUCCCAGCCCAUCAAAUAACUGAACUUCUGAACGAUGGUGAUGACUAUCCAUCAGGGAGAGAAGUGAUUGUCUCUCCGUUCAAGUACUGUUGAUUCAGUCUCUUGCCUCAGACUUGUUUUAGUGUUGAUUAAAGCUAUGAGAUGGAAUUUUAGAAUUCCCAGUCAAUAUUGGUUAUCAACAAAACAGUUUAUGAGUAAAGAUGCACAAGCCUCAUCAUUCCUUUGUCUAAGAAACUGCCUUUAAUUUUCACUUCUGAGACCUUGAAAUUAUAGAAACUGUUGCUUUUCAGUUCAUUUUUGGUUUUCACAGCUCUGAAACUUUGAAAAUUUUGUUAUAAACCAGUGAUUUUAUUUUAAAUAGGAUUGUAAAAUAUACUUCUAAGAAUUUUAAAGAGAUUUAAAUUUUUAAAAAUAUUUGGCAUAAACCUGGAUUCCCUCUACCACAACCACCACCCCACCCCACCCCCAACUUGGAAAAGUAACAUGAUUUCACAGAACUGGAUUGGCAGAUUCUCUGAUUUACAGUGUUACUUAUCUGUGAAGUUUUGAUUCUCUCUGGUGCUAGGAGUUGGCACUUUGUGGUCAGGUGUCUUUACUCUUAAUUUGAGAGAACCUAUUACUAGUCCCCAGUAAAUAUACUUGAAAAUAAGUCAGAUGAGUUUUUGUUUGUUCUCACCACCAUCGCCACCUCCUAAGGAUAAUAUAUUCAUCAUUCAUAGAAUGUUGAGGACCUUGAACUUCGCCUAUGUCUGUGCAGCACAUGUGCACUUGGUUUGAAUGCCAAACUAGCUUUUAUUUAUUUGAUUAAGUAGUCAGUUUUCAGUUUUUCGUCCUAUUAGGAAAUCUUCAGCUUAUUGAAGAACAUGUGAUAGAUUUAUUCACAUCAUAGUUCAUAGGCAUCAUAUCCCACUAUUUAAUUGAUACCCAGCAGUGGCACUGAAGAACAGUCACCUUCAUGGAUGUUUCAUUACCACCAGUGGUAGUUUGCUUUUUUCAAGAUCUAUUUUUUCUUUUUUUUAUGUGGAAGCAUUUUCAUUACCCAAAGAAAGCUAUUACAUUCCUAAUGCUGUAUAGGCAAAAAACCGACAGAUUCAAAUGCUGGGGUUAUCAGAUCUAGUUGUCAUCUCCUUCCCCUUUCUUGGUACACUCACAUUUCAAAUUUAUAAAUACUUCUUUAUAUACUGCUUUCCCAAAAAUAGCUGAAAUAAUCUUAAACCUGCCAAUAUUAAUAUUAAGCACUAUACUGCACGAGAAAGA